GAACUGACUCAAGGUCCUCAAUCAUUCUAAGUGCAAACAACAACGACAGGCUCUACUAACCAAGAACAAACCACAGGCUCAGGGAGCAUUAUAAAUAGCCAUGGACCUGCCAUGCUCAGAAACCCCAGGCUCCAAACAUGUCGAUGCCUCUUUUCUUCAUUGGCCAUUCAGCCAUGAGACUCCAUGUGCUUCUCUUCAUGCUCCUCUUUUGGACCCUCUUAUCUCCAGUAAGAAGUGGUUUGGCUUCUGGUGAAAACCAUUGUUUAAAUCUGUCUGGCGUUUGCAGAAGAGACAUCUGUAAAUUAACAGAGGACCAGAUUGGUGCCUGCAAAAGAAGAUGGAGAUGCUGUAGACCGUGGUGGAUUCUUAUACCAAUUCCAACACCACUCAUCUAUUCAGAUUAUCAAGCACCCCUUAAGCAUAAAUUAAAAUGA